UGGUCCAGUGUCUGGGUACGCCAGUGGUGUAGUGUCUGGGUACCGAGUGGUCCAGUGUCUGGGUACUCCAGUGGUCCAGUGUCUGGGUACUCCAGUGGUCCAGUGUCUGGGUACUCCAGUGGUCCAGUGUAUGGGUACUCCAGUGGUCCAGUGCCUGGCCACUCCAGUGGUCCACUGUCUGGGUACUCCAGUGACUCCGCUAAGUGGCUCUGUCCUCUUCUCCUCCAGGUGUACAAGAAGCAGGCAGCUCUGGGCAGCCUGGGGGUUCUGGGCCGGAGGCUGGUGGAGCGAGGAGGAGGACUUUGCAGGGAGGGCUGCCUUCCUACCAGACAGAAAUCCAGCACUCCAGAGGCUGCACGAGACAAACAGCAGGACUCUGAACGGAGUGCUUCAGCAGAAAAGAGAGGUGGAAGGUGAGUUGGAGGUGGUGUGGGGGGCAGCGACCAGAGAGAACCAAAGGAUUAGGGAGACCCUCCAGGACUCCAGCCCACCUCUCCCCUCCCUCAGCCCAGCCAGAGGGCACCAUGGCAGUGGUCUGAGCGAUGGACCCUCCCCCGGCUGGCUCUCCCACCCCCGGGAUGAGGUGUUCUCCCCCCGUCCGCACCCUGACAGCCGCCCUCCCUUCACCUCCUCUCCCCAGAGCGCCGGCCGGCCCGGCCUCCACCGCAGCCCUAUGUUCGAGUCCGACUCGGACCAGCACCAGAACCCCUCCUCAGAUGAGAGCGAGAAGAACGGCAUGGACUUCUAUUCUUAGUGUCCCUUUUGUAUUGAUCUGACAGAAGACCAGUAGCCUGGUCCCAGAUCGGUUUGCGCUCUUGCUAACUCCAUUGCUCAGUGCCAAGCCAAACAUGACAUGACCAUUCCAUAAGGAGUUGGCAAGAGAGUAGAACCACACUGGCACCAGGCUAGAAGACCAGGUCUGUGUUGGUCAGACUGUUCAAACAAUUCCCAAGGUAUUCACUUGAUGAUUUACAAUGUUAAAACCCAAGUAAUAGUGUGUUUAUUUACGUAGCUCCGUUUUGAGUGUGUAUGAUCUCUGGGUUAUUGAGUAGAUUUGAUAUGUACGGCUGACUCCGUGUCUCGGCUGACUCCGUGUCUCGGCUGACUCCGUGUCUCGGCUGACUCCGUGUCUCGGCUGACUCCGUGUCUCGGCUGACUCCGUGUCUCGGCUGACUCCGUGUCUCGGCUGACUCCGUGUCUCGGCCAAUCAAACUGCAUUACUGUGCGUCUAUUAUCCUAUCUAGCUCUUUAGGGACAAAUAAAUGUGUAAUUUUCUGUU